AUGUCUUUAUUCGAUGAAGCGAGUAAUGUCCUCAUAAGAGAAUAUAUGGAUUUAUAUAAAGACAAACAUAAUAAGUUUGUCUUGAUAAGCAAAAUGAUCCCGAAAUAUAAGCCAAACCAAUUGUCUAAUUGUUGGCACAAUUAUAUCAACCCGCAUUUAUGCCUCGAACCUUUAACUGAUGAUGAAAAAAAUCUUGUAAUCAUUGAAGCGAAUAAGAAUAGAAUGAAAGACGGAAAAAUAAGUUGGAAACAUGUCGUAGCCUCAUUAAAGAAAAAUUACGGAUUGUUAAGAUCCGAAAACAAGGUCAGAAAUUUUUGGAAUUCCAAAAAAAAAAGUGAUGAAAGAAGAGCUAAAAGACAAUUACGUAUGAUCGAAAAACGAAAAAUUACUAAACCGCCUUCCGAUAAUUUAAUAUCUGAUCAACCAACGCUACCCAUAACGGAACCAAAAGUUUUAAUGGAGCCAAAAAUUUUAACGGAACCAAAAAUUUUAAUGGAACCAAAAGUUUUAAUGGAACCAAAAAUUUUAAUGGAACCAAAAGUUUCAUUCAACGAUUUUAACAUGCCACUUAAAAUGGUGCCUCUUUUUUAA